AUGGAGGGCGAGAAAGCACCGCUGCUUCCCAUGCAGGCGGCAGCAGCAGCAGCAGCAGCAGGGGAAGAAGAAGAAGCAGAAGAUGAAGUAGAGGCAAUGACGGUUGAAGCAGAGGAGGGCGACGAAGCGGUAUCACCUGCAGCAGCUGCCACGGCGGUGGCCGCCCGCGAAGGGAUGAGGGGCAGCAGCAGCAGCAGGCGAAAGUACGUGGAUUUGCGCAUGGAAGCAGCAGCAGGGCGCGCUGAGUUUGUGGCAGCAAUGGACAACUGGAUGGCGCUCACCGAGUCAUCCAAGUGGAAGCUCAAGAAGGCCGCCACAGAGGCGCUGCGCUGGCGCCACUUGCACCAUGGGGUGGGGGCCCUUGACUGCAUCCGCCAGGCCGUCGUUCAGGUGCGCUCCGCCAUCCUGCUGUGCCGCUGCGUGCGGCUGGCUAAGGCGGAAAUGAAAGGCUGCAGUGCACGCGAGGACGCACUUGCCAAGGCCUGUCGUGCUGCCGGGGCUGCAGGCAUCUUCGCUGCUGCUGUGGAGGAGGAAGUGGAGGAGCUGGAGCCGGAGAGGGACGAGGAGGGGUGGGGAGUUCAAUGGAUUGAAGCAGACGAGGUGGUGCGAUACAUGCCCGAGGAUGACCUGGAAGAUGAUCUGGCGGGCGUAAGUGAGAAGCUGCUGGCGUGGGUGGCGGUGCCGCAGGCAGAGGCACGGGAGGUGCUGCAGGCGCUGAUGGAGGUGCUGCUGCUGGAGAUGGAGGACUUGGGCGCCCGCUUCGAGAUCAAUGAUCCUGCACAAACUCACCCCGCAAUACUGCCCGGACUGGCAAUAGUUCCCGCGCUGCCAGCAGUGCCUGGGGCAGCGGCAGGAGGGCUGGUCACCGCAGCAGCGGGAGCUGGGGCAGCGGCAGCGGUUCCUGGGCAGGCAGUGCAAGGAGCAGCAGAAGGGGAAGCAGCAGAAGGGGCAGCGGCAGAAGGGGCAGCGGCAGAAGGGGCAGCGGCAGAAGGGGCAGCGGCAGAACGGACGGCGGCAGAAGGGGCAGCGGCAGAACGGACGGCGGCAGAAGGGACAGCGGCAGAACGGACGGCGGCAGAAGGGACAGCGGCAGAACGGACGGCGGCAGAAGGGACAGCGGCAGAACGGACGGCGGCAGAAGGGACAGCGGCAGAACGGACGGCGGCAGAAGGGACAGCGGCAGAACGGACGGCGGCAGAAGGGACAGCGGCAGAACGGACGGCGGCAGAAGGGACAGCGGCAGAACGGACGGCGGCAGAAGGGACAGCGGCAGAACGGACGGCGGCAGAAGGGACAGCGGCAGAACGGACGGCGGCACAGGAGCCAAGAAGCAAAGGAGGAGAAGCAAGAGGGGCUGUAGGAGAGGACGUGAGAGCAGCAGGAGCAUCAGAGCAGCUGCCAAGGGCCAAGCAGCUGGGCGACAGAAGCGCAGCCCGCCUACCUCCACAGGGGAGUGCUCCCCCCAAGAAGAGCACAGCUUCAAAGACGAGCACACUGGCGACUCCUGUGGAAGUGGUCUGCCCUCCACUGGAGUCGCUGACCCUUGACACCAUUCGCUUCGUCUCCACUUGUGAUCCUGACGGGCUACCCUCUCUCCCCUCUGCCUCUCCCCUAAUGUGCCCCUCUCCCCCCACCACACGCUUCCCUUCCCUCCCUUCGUCGUCCUCCCCCUUUUCUACUAUCCCAAGAAUGAGUGGCGAGCCACGGUCCUUUGAAUCGUUAGCACGAGCUGCUGUGUGUAGAAGGCUCAAGAGCUUGGCUCUCCUCAACUGCUGUGGGCUGGAGGAGGGGCAGCUGGUGCAGCUGCUGCGUGCAUGCGUCAUGCUGGAGGAUCUAAAGGUGGAAGGCUGUGAUGGCUUCUCAGACAGCGUGAUAGCAGGAAGUCAAAUGGAGGUGUUAACUCGGUUGAGAGUGGUGGGGUGCGGUGGAAUCAUGUCAGAAUGA